UGUUGAUACUUGUUGCUGAAAUUGGCCCGCCUCAUUAGCCUUUUUUCCUCCUAUAAAACCCCUCAAAUUCUCAUGCUGUUCUUCAUUGCCACAAUCUCCAGAAACAAGAAUACAAAACCUUGAAGUAUCAUCCUAGCUAGACCUCUAGCCAUGCUUCCAGGUGAGCUCACAGGAAUUCGCUAUCUAACAGCUGAUCAAAAUCUGGUUCCAUUUCCGGCUAAUUUCGGCAUGAUGCAACAAAGCAACAUACCAUCCUUCCAUUUCAACAGGCUCUUAAGCAACUUGCAGAAUUCAUCCUUACCUCAACCAGUUUAUGAAUUCGCUCCGCAGUCCUCGAGUCUCAGCAACAACUCAACUUCAGACGAAUCCGAGGAACACCAACUGAGCAUCAUCGACGAAAGGAAGCAGCGGAGAAUGAUUUCCAAUAGAGAGUCCGCCCGUAGGUCAAGGAUGAGGAAACAGAAGCACCUAGACGAGCUAUGGUCUCAGGUGGUUCGGUUGCGAACUGAGAACCACAAUCUGAUAGACAAGUUGAGUCAUGUGUCUGAGUGUCAUGACCGUGUUCUUCAAGAGAAUGCAAGGCUCAAACAAGAAGCUUCUGAUUUUCGCCAAAUGCUUACUGACUUUCAAAUUGGCAGUCCUUUCACUACUACUGCUUUAAGGGAUCUUGAAGAGGUCCCCUGCAACACGGCCCAUCUCAGAGCUGAAUCCUCAAACCGAUCCAUCACUAGUUCCGUGGACUUGCUUCAUUGAAAACAAGAGAUCUUUUGCCAUUUUAAUAACUACUUCAUGUUCCUUCUGUUGUGAUAAUUAUCAAUGAGUAUUUGCCUUAACUUUAGCUUA